GUCGAGAAAACCGGUAGCCAACCCAAGUCUUGAUAACGAUGUAAAACGAAACGGUAAAACAACAACGCCGGGGAACUCCCCAAUGUAUCAACAAAACGCGAUGAGACCGGUUCUCGCGUGUGAAGCACUGUAUUGGCUCAGUUCAUUCGAGACGUGCGCGUAGAUCAGUUGGGAUUGAAUUGCGCUGUGCGAUCGUUGUUUCUGUAAUUCUAAUCAAUCAAAAUAGCAUCAUCGGCAAGAUGAUGACCCUGAUUCCGGUAUCGCUAGUUUUUCUGGUGUUCCACAUCGGGUACUCGGUUCAGCUGUUGGAACUCCCGAAAGAGUGCGGUCAACGCAAAGCGGACACCGUGAACUUGAUCGUUGAUGGCAAACCGACCACCAUCCAGAACUGGCCCUGGCAUACCGCGAUCCAUCAUCGGGAGGGAACGGGAGCCCCGGUGUACAAAUGCGGUGGCAGCAUCCUGAACAAAGACACCAUUCUGACCGCUGGGCACUGUGUUCGGCUGUCGAGCGGAGUCAUCCAGCCGGAAAAUCUCAUCGUGCAGGUCGGUCGCCAGCGGUUGCAUGUGGCAGAUGAUCGUGCCCAGGAACAUGCGGUGGAUCACAUCAUGGUGCACAAGAAAUUCCGACUUGGAGCCCUGCAGCACGACAUUGCUCUGAUCAAGCUUGCGACGCACAUCAAGUUUACGUCGUUCAUCCAACCGGUUUGUCUGUGGAAUCGGGGCGAGGAUCGGUUGUUGAUUCGGAACAAGGAUGGCACGGUAGUUGGGUUUGGGGCUACCAGAACGGCUGGAUACUCGGAAACGUUGAACAAGGCUGAGCUCAAAGUGGUGGAUAAUCAGGUGUGUAUUGAUAGCAACCGAGGAGUGUUCGGACUGGCAUUGACCGGAGAUAUGUUCUGCGCUGGCAGCAAUGAUGGCGUGAAUGCCUGUAAUGGGGAUAGCGGUGGCGGUAUGUUCUUCGAGAUCGAUGGCCGAUGGUACGUUCGGGGUAUUGUGGCAUUUUCGCCUUCGCUCGCUAGCGAUCAAAGUCGAUGCGAUCCGUAUCAGUAUGUGGUGUACAUGGACGUUGCUAGGUACAUCAGCUGGAUUGCCGAACAGCUGAACGGGUCGUUCGUUGAGGCUCCGGAGUUGACACAUCCGAAACAGCACCUUCUGGAGCGGGACUGCGGAGAAAAUCCGUUCCCGUUGACCAAGGAGUCGGAAAAAUCCGUUUUGCUAGCGUAUCCUUGGGUAGGACUGAUCGAAUACAGUCAGGAAGGGGUACGAGAGAAGAGGGUUCUUUGUCACGCAAUGCUCAUCAGCGAUCGUUAUUUGGUGACUGCGGCCGAGUGCGUCUACAACACAGGGAAACUACGUCCGACGUCUAUACGGCUGGGUGAGUUCGAUACUUCUAGCAGUCAGGACUGUGGCAUUGUAGGUGGUACCAACGCCUGCGCUCCCCCUACGCAAACCAUUGGCAUCGAGACUAUUACCGUACACCAGCAGUACAACAAACCACGCUUUGCGAACAACAUCGCUCUGAUUCGGUUGUACUCGAAGGCGGACAUCGAUCGAGAAAAUGUCAAACCCGUCUGUCUACCGCUGACCAAGGCACUGCGCAGCUUCAAACCGGCCACUUACAUACGUUCCGGCUGGAAGAACCACCGGGAUCAACCGCGAAUGCAGCGCGCCGAAGUAAAGGUCGUCGAUUCGGUCGAGUGCCAGCGCAAGUACAGCAAAGAGCGAAUCCCUCUGGAGAAGACCUUCCGGCAGAUUUGCAUCGAGCAGGACGCUGGACCGGGAACGGGAAGCAGUUGUGUGUUCGAUACGGCAUCGGCCCCAUUGCAGGCCAUCCAGACGGUGGACGGAAGCGAACGGUACGUCCUGUAUGGGCUGCUGGCGUUUGGGCCGAACAAGUGCCACCUGGACUACCCCAAUGUAUACACCAACGUGGGAACGUACGUGACAUGGAUUUUGGAUCAUAUGCAAAAAUAGUUCAGCGCUGUUUGUCGCAUUAUUUAUUUAUUUCGGACCUAGAUUUUUUUUUCUUUUAUUACAGUGUCAAAUAGUUUCAUAGAGAUUAUACACGUUAUCGAUAAGAAAAACUUACUAUAAUACUGAUUAGAAAUAAAUACACCAGAGUUUGAGAGUCA